AUGAUCACCAUGGUGCCUGAAUUACUGAUUCUUCUUGGGACCACAGCGAUAGUGCAAGCAGACUUACUUCCUGAUAAAAAGUUUGUACUCCUCCCACCUGCCAAUUUCACCAUUAAAGUUACUGGUUUAGCUCAAGUUCUUUUACGCUGGGAACCAAAUCCUGAUCAAGAGCAAAGGGGUGUUACUUUAGAAUAUCAGGUGAAAAUAAAUGCCCCACAAGAAGAUGACUAUGAAACCAGGAGCACUGCAAGCAAAUGCGUAACCAUCCUGCACAAAGGCUUUUCAGCCAGCGUGCGGACCAUCCUAUGGAGCAACCGCUCGCUCCUGGCCAGCAGCUGGGUUUCUGCUGCACUUGAAGCCCCAGCAGGGUUACCUGGAACCUCAAUUGUGAAUCUAACUUGCAGCACAAACACUGCAGCAGUUAAUUAUACACACUCAAGGCCAUACCAAGUUUCUCUUCACUGCACCUGGCUGGUUGGCCAGAACGCCCCUGAGGACACGCAGUAUUUCCUCUACUAUAGGUAUGGCUCUUGGACGGAAGAAUGCCAGGAAUACAGCAAAGACUCCCUGAAGAGGAACACGGCGUGCUGGUUCCCCAGGACUUCCAUCAGCGGCAAGGGGCGCGAGCAGCUGGCCGUGCGGGUGAACGGCUCCAGCCGGCUGGCCGCCAUCCAGCCAUUCGACCGGCUGUUCGCUCUUCACGCCAUCGAUCGAGUAAAUCCUCCAAUGGAUGUCACAGCAGAGAUUGAAGGAACUCACCUCUCUGUCCAGUGGGAGAAACCAGUUUCUGCCUUUCCAAUCCAUUGCUUUGAUUAUGAAGUGAAAAUAUACAACACGAGGACAGGUUAUUUUCAGACAGAAAAAAGGACAAUCAAUACAUUCAUCUCAAUAAUUGAUGAUAUUUCUAAGUAUUCCAUUCAAGUGAGAGCAGCAGUGAGCCCCGCAUGCAGAGUGAAGGGGCUCUGGAGUGAGUGGAGUCAACCUAUUUAUGUGGGAAAGGAUGAGCAGAAGCCCCUGACAGAAUGGUUUCUCAUUGUGCUCAUGGCAACCAUAUGCCUCAUCUUGUUGACUCUCUCACUCGUGUGUAGAACAGGUCACUUAUGGACCAAGCUGUUCCCACCCGUUCCAGAACCAAAAAGUAGCAUCAAAGAUCUCUUUGUAACCAUUAACUAUGAGAAAGCUGGUUCCAGUGAAACAGAAAUUGAAGUCACAAGUUAUGUGGAAGAGCCUGGAUUUGACAUCCUGAAAGAUUCUGUGGUUUGA